AUGGAGAAAGCCUGUGGCAACAGCGCCUGCAGAAACACCUUCAUCUGCCACAAUGACAAGAAAAAGUAUUGCUCCAACCGCUGCUACCCUUCUGUCAUUGCCCGUGCGGCUGCUAAACAGGCCGCCAGGAAUGGUGCCCUGGCUGGGGUUGCUAACUGUGCCUCUUUGGACACUGUGAGGACUACAACUACUCAUACUCCUGCGCCAACCUACUAUGAGUCGCCGGAUGACAUCCCUACUCGCAAGGCAGGGGAUGAUUCAUGGAUCCAAUCACCACAUCCAGGCUGCUCUCCUCCCACGACAGGCUUUGGCAGACCCCGUCGUGAUCCUGCUCCUCCCUCCACCACUCAGCCAGCAUGCAUUGUAGGCGUCAACGUACAACUUCCGGCUCGUUCUCCUCCAAACGUUCGGCCAUAUUCGACGCCUCCACCGACCAAUCGAUCUCCUAGACCAACUACAAUCAUUCAGCCACCACGCAUCUCCCACGGAGACCUAGACGAUCCACAAUUGGCUCUUUCGUCUCCACUCUUUCCUUCUUGGGCCCCGUCCCCACUUACGUACCAAGCCCGAGCCCUCCGGGCUGUUACUCCCAUUGGCCGUGCGCUACGAAAGGCUGCGACUCUCGUCCUUUGUCACAACACAGCCUGCUACAACACCUUUUCACGCACGUCGGGCAGCCGACAGUACUGCAAACCAUCAUGUCGCCCUUCCAGCUCAGGAAGGCUUUUCACUUCCACUCCGACAAUUUCACCUCCGGCAUGCAGCCCACAGCACUCACCUGAUGAAGACGACACUUCCACCACUCCAGACUCACGUGACCCCAACGCCAGCCCCUUGCUGGCCACUCCAUCUCCAGUCAUCCAAACAGCUGAGGACGCUCAAGCUCACGUGACACUACUGUGCCACCAUUCUCCAGGCUCUCCCCUUGCCGCUGCUGCUGUCGUUUCUCCCCCUUACGGGGGGUCUAGCUGGCCUACCUCUGACACUGAGGCGAUCCUGAAUGAAUCGGUGGGCUCAAUCUCCAGUCUCCAACAACGCGCAGUGAAUUUCAUCACUUCUCCAGUUUCUUCCGAGUCUGAUGUUGAGGAACAGGAGGAAGAUGAAAUCUCCCCGGGGGGUCUUUUCUUGAAUCACUGGGCCCCAAUUAUUUUUAACUGUUCUUCUAGGGAAGAGUUAAACAUAAUUUCCGAUGGCCUUGCAGCCGACUGGCACAGGCUUACAUUGAAAGCCGAAUCACCUGCACGUUCCGCCGACAGAUUGCCCCGCCGUCCCAAUCCACCAACAGAUAGCCCUCCACACCGUAGGCGCGGCCAGUCCAGACAACAACAACAAAUCAGAAAGAAGAACAACUCCAAGCGAUGGGAAGCGGCCAGCGAGCUUCAAGCCCUUUUCAAACGCUACCCCCGGCGCGCAGUUAGGAAGGUUUUGGGUGAGUCCUCACAGUGCUACACCGGCUCAACUGAGUCGGCAGCUUCGUUCUUGCGCGGCGCUUACGAACAGCUAGGCCCAGAUCCUAGCGCCAUUCAAGAAGCAAGAAGCACCUAUGACAGCUGCAACUGGACCCAACCAUCCGACGACGAAUCCAACGGCCUAGCCAGCCCCCUUUCCAAGGAAGAGAUAGCAUGGAAGCUCAAGCUCGCGUCUAACGCUGCGCCAGGAGCCGACGGCGUUGAGUACAAGGAUAUCAGCCGACUUGACCCUGAUGGCCGCCUACUGGAACUACUCUACCGCGCGGUUUGGCAAUUCGGCGUCCCGACUUCAUGGAAAGCUGCCCGCACGAUUCCGGUUUACAAGAAGGGAGCAACCGAAGACUACGGCAAUUUCCGCCCCAUCACCCUUCUGUCUACACUGUACAAACUCUUCUCAUGCUCCAUCUCUUCUAGACUUACAACGGUCGCGUGUUACAACUCGUGGCUAUCCCUGGAAAAGAAAGGGUUUCUCCCAGGUGCACACGGCAUUCAGGAAUAUACGAUGCUCCUUGAGUGCGCCAUAGAGCAGGCAAAACUGAAAAAGAGAAACCAUACCAUCUGCUGGCUGGAUCUGGUGAAUGCUUUCGGAUCCCUUCCUCACGACUUCCUCUACCAGCUUUUUUCCAGCUUACCAAUCCAGGAUGCCCUCAGGAAUAUCCUGGGGGAUAUUUAUUCGGAUAACAUCUUUGAAUUUGUUGUCGGGAGCGAAAUCGUGUCCAUCAGACCCACAUCUGGCGUCCGUCAAGGGGACGGCCUGAGCUCAAUUAUUUUAAAUCUUGCAGCUGAGCCUCUCCUGCGCUGCGCCAAGAGUCCUCAGAACAGUGGCUUUCUACUUUUCUGCGCCUACCUCAAAGCCACUGCUUACACCGACGACAUUUCGUUGGUCGGCCCCUCCCCUGAGGACCUACAGCCAACUCUAGACGCCAUGAUGGUUGUGGCGGCUGCUCUUGGCCUCCGAUUUAAUGCAGCCAAGUGCUCCUUUCUUACCAUCUCCAAGGGCAAGGCGGAUCCCGAUGCCAGCCUGCACAUCCGUGGAGUCCCGAUUCGCUCGAUGGCCGCAGGUGAGCAUGAAGUUGGGGUCCCAAUGGGCACCCGCCUCACGUUCCGCCCGGCUUCUUACCUUCCUGGCAAGCUCACCUUGUUAGCCGACUCCGAUCUGGCCCCCUGGCAAAAAUUAGAGGUUUUCCGUGCCCACCUGCUGCCCACGGACCUGUGCACCUAG